ACCAAAUUGACUAUUUGGAAAUAAUACAAGAUUUUUUUAUUAAUCAUGUCCAAUGAUACAAAAGCCUUAGAAUUGUUAUUCCAACGCCCUUUGGAACCAGUUUUUACCUCCCGUGAUAACGGAAAGGCUGCAUUUGAUUUGCCAGAUAGUUAUUACAUUGAUCGCUACAGCGGUACACAAGUAGAACUCCAGAGCAGAUUUGGCGACAAAGUUGAAGUGAAGAUACCUUUACGUGAUGUCGAAAGAAAACUGGAUCUAAAUUUUGCCGUAAAAAUUGGAAAGAGGAAACAAUUCUCUUUAUUUCAAGACCACCAUAAGCAAGUUGCUAGCCAAUUGAUAAAAAUAUUCCUUGAUGCUCCGAACGUACAAAGCUUUGUCUCAAUAUGCGCAUAUACAAAAGAUCGAGUAAAUCCAUUGUUAUUUCAAUAUUGUUACUCGGUUGCUAUACAACAUCGCAGAGAUACGCGCAAUAUUCAAAUACCUCCAGUAGCUGAGACAUUUCCCGCUAACUUUGUGGAACCAUCUGUACUUCAGGAUGCCCGUGAAGAAGCUUCUCUCAUUACGAAUCCACAUAGUCGAGCUCUCAUAGAAAUCCCUCGCAAUUAUACUGCUUCGGAUCUUGAGGCAGAACAACGAAUGGCAUAUUUCCGUGAAGAUAUUGGCGUUAAUAUGCAUCACUGGCACUGGCAUUUGGUUUACCCAACAGAGGGUCCUUUGGAAGUAGUAAAAAAAGAUCGCCGAGGAGAACUUUUCUACUAUAUGCAUCACCAAAUUAUUGCUCGUUACAAUGUGGAAAGAUUUUGCAAUAACUUAAAUCGCACUAAGGAAUUAAGUAAUUUGCGAGAACCUAUACCGGAAGGAUAUUUUCCUAAACUUCUUAGUAGUGUGAAUAACCGCACAUAUCCGGCUCGUUCGUCAAACUCAAUUCUACUUGACGUAAAUCGUGAAAAUAAUGUCAUUGCUGUUGCAGAAUGCGAACGUUGGCGGGAUCGUAUUUUGGCAGCUAUUGACAAAGGAUAUCUUGAAGAUACGACUGGAAAACGUAUUCAGUUAGAUGAUGUUCGUGGUAUUGAUUUGUUAGGUGAUAUCAUUGAAGCAUCGUCUUUAUCUGUCAAUCGUCAAUACUAUGGAAAUCUACACAAUAUGGUGCACAAUCUUAUUUCGUUUAGUCAUGAUCCUGAUUCGCGCCAUUUGGAAGAAUAUGGAGUAAUGGGUGAUGUUACCACGGCAAUGCGCGACCCAAUAUUUUACAGAUGGCAUGGAUAUUUGGAUACUAUUUUUAAUAAAUUCAAAACAUUACUGCCACCAUAUAAUCAAAGUCAGUUGGGAUUUCAAGGCAUUGCAAUUAAUAGUAUAGAAGCAAAAAUUAACUCGCGAACUGCGCGACCUAAUGUAUUGUUGACUUAUUGGCAAAAAUCUAAAGUAGAUCUAGCUGCGGGUCUAGAUUUUGGUCCAAAUGGCAGUAUUUAUGCUUCAUUUGUUCAUUUACAACACGCACCAUUUGAAUACACUUUUAAUGUUUUGAACAGCAGUGGUUCUCAUAAAAAAGGAACAUGUCGUAUAUUUAUAUGCCCAAAAAGUGACGAACGUGGUACUCCAUUAAGCCUAGAAGAACAAAGAAUUCUUGCUGUUGAAUUAGACAAGUUUUCUGUGAAUCUACAAUCUGGAAGAAAUGUCAUACGACGUCGUUCAAAUGAAUCGUCAGUAACCAUACCAUUUGAUAGAUCUUUCCGACGAAUUGGUGCAGAAUAUCAACCCAAAAAUUUAGAUGAACUGGCAUCAUUUAGAUUUUGUGGAUGCGGUUGGCCUGAACACUUGCUUAUACCCAAAGGCAAAGCUGAAGGUAUGCCAUUCGAUCUAUUUGUUAUGAUAUCUAAUUAUGCUGAUGAUGCUGUGGAGCAAUCAAAUAACAGUCAAGACGUUUGUGGUGAUGCUUAUUCCUUCUGCGGCUUAAAAGAUAAAUUGUACCCUGAUAAACGUACAAUGGGCUUUCCAUUUGACAGGCGCCUGCCGGGCAACACCCUCAAUGCACUUACGGCAUCAUUCUCAAAUAUGGCAAAGACUGAUGUUGUUAUUGUAUUCAAUGAUAGUGUAGUCGAAAAGAAGUAAACAUUUGCAAAACUUUUAUUACAUACAUAUAAAUGUGCUUCUGUAUCUGGUUUAUAUAUACACAAAUUAAUAUUUUUGCAAAUAAAAUGUACACACAAAUAAUUGU